UCAUGCUUAUUAGGUUAUCCACAAACAUUAUCAAAAGAAUUAGAUAAACAUAUUGUGUUCAAGUAUCUAUUCUAUAAUAUAUAAGAAUUCCACAAGAACUCAAAUAGAAACCAUAUACAAAAUUGAUGAUCUAGAAAAAGUAUAAUAAGAAUGGAUAGAUUUGGCUAAAUAGAAAAACAAUAAUGAUUAUGAUCAAGAUGAUGAAAUCUAAGAUAAAGAAGACAAGAAAGAAGCCAAAGCUAAUGAAGAUUUAUAAGAAAGUGAAAGUGAAUCUGAUGAUGAUGAUGAACCAAAGGGUGGAAGGAAGAUUCCCUUAGUUGAAUUAGUCAAAGGUUUUAUUCCAAGGCUUUUAAGACCAAAACCUCAAGAAUGAC